AAACCACACUUCAUAGAUAUAUAAACAAUAUAUAUCAUGUGGCAUACUAAUACUAUUACUCAUCUUCUUCUUAUAAUUCCCUUAUUCGUGUUAUCACAAACCACGACUGCUAAUGAUGCCAACAACAAGUCAUUAGAGGCAAAAGCUUUGGUUGCUUGGUGGCCAUAUGCAAACGCUUCACAUCACUGUAUCUGGGAAGGAAUAACUUGCAAUAAAGCAGGAAGUGUCACUGGUAUAUACUUAGUUGGUCAUUACCUUGGGGAUGGAACUGGUCUUGGAAGCCUCAACCUCUCUUCAUUUCCAAACCUUGUUAGCCUUCGUUUGGACAAGUGUAGUCUUGAAGGAAGCAUCCCAGAGCAGAUUGGUUUGCUCUCAAAUCUCACCCAACUUUCUCUUUAUCACAAUCGACUCACAGGUAACUUACCUGAAUCUUUCAAAAAUUUCACCCAUUUAGAACACCUUGAUCUUUCUGUCAACAAUUUCAGUGGCAAGUUACCUGACUCUUUCACCAAUCUCACCCGUUUGAAAUCCUUCACUCUUUCUAGAAACAGUUUCAGUGGUGAGUUCCCUGCUUUGCUCACCAAUCUCAUCCAUUUGGAAUACCUUGAUCUUUCUACAAAUAAUUUCAGUGGUAACCUGCCUGACUCUUUCACCAAUCUCACCCAACUAGAAUACCUUGAUCUUUCUGAUAACAAUUUCAGUGGUAACCUGCCUGACUCUUUCACCAAUCUCAUCCGUUUGAAAUCCCUCUCUCUUUCUAUGAAUCAUAUGACUGGAGCUAUCACAAGUCUUCGUGUUUGCAUUAGCUUAGAGUACUUGGACCUCAGUAGUAAUUCUUUUGUUGGAGAACAACUUAAUAAAUUGGAGUUCCCGAAUUUGAAGUUCUUAAAUCAGUCAUGCAAUGCUUUUAGUGGACAUUCAACCUACACAUAUAGAAAAAAGCUCAAUGUCUAUUUCGAUUAUUUUCUUAAAAUUAUCUUUGCAUUUUUCUGCUUUGUGCUUGGUUAUGUUCUUGCUUAUGUGUUUUACCAUAUCCGAAAGGCUAGCACAAAGAAAAUCCAUCAUCUAGAAACGAAAAAACAUGGAAAUGUGUGCUCAAUAUUGAAUUAUGAUGGAACAAUUGCAUAUGAAGACUUCAUCGCUGCUACAGAGGAUUUCGACCUCAAAUACUGCAUUGGAACUGGUGGCUUCGGCAGUGUUUAUGAAGCCAAACUGCCUAGCGGUCAAACAUUUGCUUUGAAAAAACUCCACGGUUUUGAAGCCAAGCAACCAGCAUUCGACCAGAGUUUCAAGAAUGAAGUCCAAGUGUUAACAAACCUAAGGCAUAAAAACAUUGUCAAACUCUAUGGUUUUUGUUUGCAUAACAAAUGCAAUUUCCUUGUAUAUCAAUACAUGGAAAAGGGGAGCCUGUUUUGCACCUUGAGUGACAGUGAAUUAGCUGUUCAGGUGGAUUGGAUCAAGAGGGUGAACAUCAUCAAAGAUGUGGCUCAUGCUUUGGCAUACAUGCAUCAUGAUUGCAGCCCUCCUAUUGUUCAUAGAGACAUAUCAAGCAACAACAUUCUCUUGAACUCAGAACUGGAAGGAUUUGUUGCUGACUUUGGAGCAGCCAGAUUGCUCGACCCAGAUUCCUCCAACCAAACGGCAAUUGUAGGAACUUUGGGAUACAUUGCUCCAAAGCUUGCGUAUAACAUGAUUGUGACUGAAAAAUGUGACGUGUAUAGCUUUGGGGUGGUGGCACUUGAGACAAUUGGAGGGAAGCAUCCUGGAGACCUCCUCUCAUCCCUGAACUAUUUGACUAGUCGUGGUACAACUUUGGAAAAUAUAUUAGACAAGCGACUCCCUUAUCCAACCGAUAGAUGGAUUGAAAAGGAAAUUGUGCGUGUUUGUAAUGUCGCAGUAGGGUGCUUUCUCAUAGAUCCAAAGUGUCGGCCAACAAUGAGAGAGGUGUCUCAGGAAUUAUCAUGUUGAAGACAUCAAUUGGGCUAUCCCCAAGCUUUUUUUCAUACAGAGAAGUACUCUUACUUAUACUUGUGUCACCAUGAAAUAAAGUUGUAAACUUGAAACAUUCAGAACUAUUUGCAAUGUGGA